AAGCUCGCUCGCGAGGCAAACAUGUAAAGAUGGCGGAGUUACAAAUGCUGCUGGAAGAGGACAUUCCUGCAGGAAGGAGAGCUCUCCUGGACAGCUUCCCCAACCUGGAGCGAGUGGCAGAGUACUGCGAGAACAACUAUGUCCAGGCUACAGACAAGCAUCGAGCGCUGGAGGAGACCAAGAGCUACACCACUCAGUCUCUGGCCAGCGUGGCCUACCUCAUCAACACGCUGGCCAACAACGUGCUGCAGAUGUUGGACAUCCAGGCAUCCCAGCUGCGAUGCAUGGAGAGCUCCAUCAACCACAUUGCGCAGACCAUCGAUGUCCACAAGGAGAAGGUGGCCAGGCGGGAGAUCGGCAUUCUGACCACCAAUAAGAACACCUCACGCUCGCAUAAGAUUGUGGCGCCGCCCAAUCUGGAGAGGCCCGUGCGUUACAUACGCAAGCCCAUCGACUACGGCGUGCUGGAUGACAUCGGACAUGGCGUCAAGUGGUUGUUGAGGUUUAAGGUGAACGGGCACGAGAACAUAAAGAUGGGAGGUGGUCUGUCCAGGUCCAAUCCCCCCAGUCAGAAACCACCCAGCCCUCCCAGAACAGGAAGGAGCAUCUUUGGGAAGAGCUCCCCCUACAGGACACUGGAACCUGUGCGACCGCCGGUCGUUCCCAAUGAUUACGUUUCCAGCCCCACCAGGAACAAUAUGGCCGCCGGGCAGCUUCCCAGUCCAGCGCACACAGCCACGCUCAGUCACCGGCCUCGGACGUACAGCGGCAGCAGCGGGGGGAGUCAUCCUAGCAGCAGCAGUCGGAGCAGCAGCAGAGAGAACAGCGGCAGCGGGUCCAUUGGCGUUCCCAUCGCCGUGCCAACACCCUCCCCUCCCUCCACCUUUCCAGUUUCCCUGACUGCCGGACCCGCUAGCUCCUCCUCCACGGCCCCUAACUCCUCCCCAACCUCUUCUACCUCCUCUUCUUCCUCCUCCUCCACCGCCACUUUAACGCAGCCCAACGCCUUUUUGCCGCUGACCUCGCCUUCGCAGCACACUCACUCGCCGCCUCCGUCCAGCUGGAAGCCCUCUAACCCCGUCCCCUCCCACAUCCCGCCCGGCCUUUCACCUCCCCAACCUUCUCUCCUCUCCUCGUCCUCGCCCGAGGAAGGUCCGGAGGUUCCUCAAUUCUACAGCAUGAACCGGCCUCAGCCUCGGCAGCAGGCGCAGCAGGUGGGCGGGUCUCUGCCUUACCGCCGCCCACCAUCUGUGACCGGGCAGCCAAUCACAACACAGAACCAGGUCAAUGGAGGGCCCUACCACAGCCAGAGUCCGGCUUCGCCACCGCCCCCCUCCUUCCUCCAUUUCACGCCUCAGCUUCCUCUCAUGGGCUUCGUCGCUCGGGUUCAAGAGUCCAUCUCAGACGUGCCCCCGCCACCUCAACUGGCCCCCGAGGACCCAUCCAGGACUGAGGAGACUCCUCCCACUCGGCCUGUCGAGGGAGGACGGGAAGAGGAGGACUCGUCGGUGGUGGAGUACAACGACCCGUACGCAGAGGAAGACCCUUCCUGGGCUCCCAGAACCUACCAGGAGAAAGUGGUGGCCAUCUACGACUACGCAGCCGACAAGGAGGACGAGCUAUCCUUCCAGGAAGGCGCGAUCAUUUAUGUCGUCAAGAAGAACGAGGACGGCUGGUUCGAAGGCGUUAUGAACGCCACCACCGGACUCUUCCCCGGAAACUACGUGGAGUCCAUCAUGCACUACGCCGACUGACUUUUUUUUUUUUCCCCACAAGCCCUUGCACUUCUGCUGUGGUUAGCUCCCAUACAAAAGCAGACGCAACGCUAAAUAAAAGCACACUAUAACAGUAAUAAUAAUGCAUGAAUUGUGCUGAAAAGGACACUCAAACUGAAGUCACACAGUCUCCGUCAGCUGUUGUGGUGUUACCAUGGACGUUGGUGGACGUUUUCUAGUUUACAGCGUGUUUGCUUGCAUGUGUGCUGUGUUUACAGUCAUGUUAUGUGACAUUUUAUAUGCUUCUGCUUCAUACGUUUUCUUAUUGUUCUAUGCUUUACUCUCUGCGUCUCUUGCCCUUUAACGGAUGACCUCUUGUGCCAUAAAAACGUGUGUGUGUGUGUGUGUGUGUGUGUGUGUGUACACAGUGUGAACCAAAAUGUCAAUGAGUGAAGGAUUUUACCCUCAAAAGUGUAUGCUAAUGAGCCAAUAUAAUCAGCAGGAUCAUGUGACCAAUCAAUAUGAAGGCGAGAAGUUUAGACAAAAAAAUUGUGUGUAUGUAUAUAUAUAUAUAUACAUAUAUAUAUAGUGAUAUUUUGUGCUUUUGAUAAAAAAAUAUAUCUAUUUUUCAUGUUGUGCUGUGUAAAAUAUUUCAAUAUCAUUAACAAUGCUGGACCAAUGUUGUAGUUCUAAUUGCCAAACAAAGGACAGUAAGAUUAACUGUACACAAAGGGUUAAAGUUCAUGCCAAAAGUCAUAGACGUAGAUGGACGCCGCAUCGAGCGCUCAGCCGUCCGUCAACGGCGCCGCCAUAUUGGAUGGGUCAAGGCUCCUCUGUAAACGAAUACAAUACAGUUAAAUGUACUUACUUUCGUUAAGCGCUUUUCUUCAAAGAAAUUUAAGUUAAUGCCUCUCGUUUACACAUUCACACACGCACUAAUAUAAUUGGGAAAGAGUUGGGCACUAAAAACAAUCAUAUUGUUUUUAGUGCCCAAUUAUCUUUAUAAUUUUAUAUAAUAUAUAUAAUUUGGUUUCCCAAUUAUAUUAGUGCGUGUGUGAAUGUGUAAACAAGAUAAUUCAACUUAAGUUUCUUUGUAGAAGGUCGCUUUAUGAAAAUAAGCAAACCCACUCGGUGCGGCGUCUAUCUAUGUCUAUGCCGGAAGUAGAAGAAAAUGUUAAUCUUACUUUUAAUGUUCCUUGUUGAAGUACAAAUGUACAGGCAAUAAAGUUUGUGAUUUGAAAUGUGAUUUUUUUUAAUAAUCUGCAAUUAUUUGUGACCUCUGCCUUUUGUGUGUGUUUUGAUUGUAAUAAACCAAAAAUCGACAACAUGCGUGAAGGAUUAGACUUUGUUGAGGAAGUUUUGAUCUUCACGGUAUUAAACUACAAGUUCCAUGACGCACCACUACGGAACAUUUGUUAAACCGUUGCACUAUAGGUCCCAUGAUGCACUUCACCGGAAACGGUCAAAUCGUGAUUUAAAACCAACAAGCUCGCCGGCUCUGUUGAGUUUUGUUUUCGAAAAAAAACGCGCCAAAUAACCUGGACUUGUUUGUGUUUAUGGCUCCAUAAGGGCCUAAAGACACCCCGGGGUGGAAACUUGACAACCCGACUUUUACUUCACCAUGGCUUCCCUAUUUUAUGUCGGUUAGCGGUGUCAAGCUAACGCACAGCUAGCUAACUGGCUACCCUUCGCUUUCCUUACAGACAUUGACAGACGCCACAAACAUGAAGGAUCUCCGCUAGGUGAUCUUCUGCAGGCUCCACCAU